AUGAAGUUUAAAAACUGGAGUUCAACUCUCAUGAUGAUCUUGGUAGUUCAAGCAGCAACGAUAUCACUAUUAUCGUCAUCAGCAUCUCAAAAGAGGUUGUAUGAUAAACUGAGGCUGAAAACUGCACCUUUGUGCGCCGAUCCUUCGAAUGCAAGUUUAAUUCUUAACAAGAAUCGUCUGCAAUCAAGCCAAGUCCGCGAGAGUUUAUACGCUAGGAUGUGCGCCAUCCAGUGUCAAACGCUGAAUGGAGCCUGUUUCGCCUUUCAAGUGAACGUGAUGAAGUCUAUAAAUGAUGGAAACGCAUACGAUGUACGCUGCUACUCUUUCAAUGAUUUUAUUCAUAAUAUUUACAAACCCUCUCCAGAUGAUGACUGCUCCUUGUUCAUGGGUGCUAGUAAAUAUAAGAUCGUUGAUGUCUUGUCGUGGGGAUUCAAAGAUUCUUUGAAUUUAAAAGAAUUCGAUUGUCCUCCUAAGAAGCGAGGAGUGAAUCUAUACAAGUUGGACAUGCAGAGUCGCGCUGUGUACGACUCACAGAGUUACGAUUUAUUGGAUAACGCCGGCAAUGUUUUUAAGAUAAAAAACUAUUUGAUGAACACAGCCAAUGGAACUGUUGUUGUUUGUCGAACAUGCGACGAACCCUAUACCAACAUAAAUCAAAUAGUUCCCUAUUUGAAAAGUGUUAAUCUGGAUAUUUCGGCUGUGCAGUAUAGAGGGAAAUGGAUUUUCGUUUGGCAACAGGGCGCAUAUGAGAAGACGCUUUCUUAUGUUGAUAACUCCAAUGUUUCUCUCUCAAAGCAGUUUCUUAUUUACAAUAUGGGUUUGUAA